AUGAUAACAGAGGAACACUUGCGCAGUCUUAUGUUUGGUGACUACAUGGAUCCAGAUGCCUUUGCGGAAGAUAGGCGAUAUGAAGAAGUUAAGGAUAUCAAUCGCCUCUAUCCGAUUGCUGAGCAUUAUCUAAACGACUUCAAUUCAUCAAAUAAAAAUAAAAUGAAUCUGGUCAUUUUCAGAUAUGUAUUAGAGCAUUUGAGCCGAAUAUCUCGAAUCCUCCGGUCUCCUGGAGGAAAUGCUCUUUUAGUUGGUGUUGGUGGAUCUGGACGGCAAUCUCUCACCAGAUUAGCGGCAUCCAUGGCCGGAUACCACAUUUUCCAGCCAGAAAUAUCUAAGAACUACGGGAUGCCUGAAUGGCGGGAAGACCUUAAGGUAGGGCUUGCAUUUAAAACAUGA